AUCCCUGCCUCUUCUCCCGCGGUCCAAUAGAUAGGGCGUGUAUCAGGAUCCACCCUUGUCCCUUCUGGCACGGAGGAGGUGGUUAACUUAGUAACGAAUUUCUGCACUCUGCCAAAACAUCUCGCAUAAAUGUCGAAAUGCAAACCAAAGCCUUCUUUCUCAGCAUUUGUUUCCGGAGGUGACUGCUAGGGUUCCUUUCACUGCCAGCUAGCCAUCACGGACCGCGGCGGCUCUAUAGCGUUGCACACUAUGGCCAAGCAGUACGAUGUUCUCUUCAGACUGCUGCUUCUAGGAGAUUCCGGGGUUGGGAAAACCUGUUUGUUGUGCAGGUUCACGGACAAUGAAUUUCAUUCUUCUCACAUUUCCACAAUCGGAGUUGAUUUCAAAAUGAAGACUUUAGAAAUAGAUGGCAUCAAAGUCCGAAUACAGAUAUGGGAUACAGCAGGCCAGGAACGAUACCAGACUAUCACCAAGCAGUACUACAGACGAGCACAAGGGAUCUUCCUGGUGUAUGACAUCACCAGUGAGCGGUCAUUCCAGCACAUCGUCAAGUGGGCCAGCGACGUGGAUGAGUACGCUCCAGAUAAGGUGCAGAAGAUCCUUGUGGGGAACAAAUCGGACGAGGAGCACAAGAGACAGGUGGCCAGAACACAGGGGGACAAGCUCGCUAAGACAUAUGGAAUGGACUUCUUUGAGACAAGUGCCUGUACCAAUACCAACAUUAAGGAGUCAUUCACCCGGCUGACAGAACUGGUCCUGCAGGCCAACAGGAAGGAGCUGGACGGUCUGCGGACAUCCAUCAACGAGGAGCUCAACAUCGCCGACCUGGAGGACGAGGAGGCUCAGUGCGACACCGGCCCAAACUCCCAGAAGGCCUGCUGGUGUUAGAGGCGAGGCGCACUUCCAGCCCUGGGUCCCAGCUAAGCUAUGACAUUUUUACAGUGUUGCUAUGCAGCAAAAACAUUCUCAUGAUGUUGUAGCAAUGUUGUAAGACUGCUGUGUGUUAGCUGGGUAAUUUACCUGCUGCAGCUGCUCUUGAACAUACAUUGUUUUUUUUUAUGUCUGAUCAUUCUUUGGUUUGAUAAUUUUUACCGCUGUUAGAUUAUAUUUUGGAUUUGGUCCAUUUUGGUCCCUUUAAAACAAUGCCUAUAUUAUUGUUGUUAUUAUUAUAUAUAUCUUCCCUUUGUUAGCAACUACAGAAAUGUUGGAUGUCAUGCUGUCCAUCAGGUUUUUCAUGCUGUUUGCAGAUGCUGCCACCAGAGAGCAGUAGCUCUGUAAUGGCUCUCCUGUAUCUACCUGAUCUGUUUGAUACUAGGGCUAUCUGCAUUCUGCAUCUUCCUCUGUGCAGAUUACACCCCAGGGCACUGAUUCAGGAUCAACGCUUCCCAAUGAUCUCCCCAAACAUUCUGUGUGAAAAGCUGAUUCAAGUUCAGUAUCCCCCUCAGCAUUUGAGAAAUGCCAUUACAUUGCACAAAGCUGAGAGUUGCAGUGGAAUGCUUUUUCACUAUUUCAACAAAUUUGUAUUUCUAUUUAUGAUUGCACCCCAUUAAGCAUUCCUAUGGGUUUUCAAAGCACUUAGGUGAAUUUAAGUUGACUUUAGAUCCCUACUUUGUUUAACCAAUUAACCUCGCUUUGUUUCAGCAACCAAGCCUUCUCUUUCACCUCUUUGUGUUCUCUUGUGCUAUGUUUCUGUGGACUGUCAGGCUAGGCUAACUCGUUGGCUUUUGUCUGGACAUUUCAUCUUGAAGUGUUUUUCUCAAGCGCAUGAUACGGAGGUUCACCCUCAUGUGAUCUCAUCUGUGGGCGGCACUCAAAAAAAUUAAUAGAUAAAAUGCAACUAUAAUUUGUGAUUACACAAUCAUGGAGAAUUUAUAUUUUAUGUGGUCAGUUAUUUCCCCUGUUGCUAAGUGUAAAGGAAGUCGGCGUUUACUUGUCGAAUGUCUAUAAGUGUCAGGCUGAGCUUAAAUGGGUUUAGUGGGUCUGCCGGCACUCGACCAGCCUGCUUAGCUAUUCUCUGGCUCCGUGCACCUCCCCGGCGGGAUCAGAGUGCAGGUGAACCGUUCAUCCGAGGUGCGUCAGUGUAAGAGGAAACCGCAGAGCGCGCAGGGCAUAGAGCGCUUAUGAAUUAUUGAGAGGCUGAAAACUAAGACUGCAAAGAUGGCUCCUCUGUCUGAAGUAAGACACCGCAGGGCCAUUCCCUUUUCUGACAGCAGUUCUGCAGGAUUUUCCCAGGGAUAAAAUGACCCAGACACAAGAGAGGAAUCUAUCUAUUGUAAUCCUUAUAAUUACUAAAUAUUACAGUAUUCUCAAAUUGCAGAAACUUACAUCAUUUGUUGAAUAUCUAUGGCUACAGGAACACUAAUUCUUUGGAAUAAAAAUUAUCACUUUUUUUUACUACAAAACUGUGGAGUUUGAGUAUAUUUGGCUGUAAGUGGUUGAUUGUGUUCGUAACGCUGCCUGAUAAAUUAACACGGGAGUAAAGGUUCCACAUGCCUGGUGUCUGACUUUCAGGUUUAUCUGCACAUUUGGGGAAGGCCCUUCUGGUGACGCUGACCUUCGCUGAACAAGUCUAAGAAAAGUGCUUACAGAUUGAUCAUAUGUGUGACUUGUUCACAUUUAUAACGAUGACUGUAAUACUGAAGGUGGGAAAUUAAUUUUCAGGUUUAACGUGUUAAUGUCAAACACACCUACAAUCACACUUUUUUUUCGCAAUGAGCCAGUUACGUUUCAAAAGGGGAUUCCUCAAACAAGAUCACAUGUGCAGGGUAAGGUCUUUUCAUGGAAUUUAUUUCCUUUUUGACCAAGGGGAGAAAUGAAUUGUGCAUAGCAACUGCUAUAAAAAUUUCUUAAAAUUUAAAAAUUGCUAUAAAAAAAAAAAAAAACUGGAUAAUUCUGGCUUCAUUUAAUCAGCCAGUUUACACGAGAGCAGUACUGAAAUGUGACACAAGUUUGUGCUGUAAAUGACGGUCUCCUUUUAACCUGUCUGUAACAUUGUCAGUUGUUUGUUACAAUCUACCAUGAUCAACAAUGAUUCUUCUCUGCCAUUGGACUGACAGAUCAACUACUUUUUUGUUAAACUUAUCAUGCACCACUGAGGUGGCAGUACCUUUUGUUGUGCCUGCACUAUAAACUGUCUUGGGGGUAUGUUGUAUUGAAUGGAAAACUGGAUUAUGCCGUAGAAACAAAAUGUAU